AUGCCUGCUUGGAGCCCAGUUUCUUGGAAUGCCCUUCUCGCAGCUUACGAGAAGAAUGGAUCCGUGGACGAUGCCAGGAAAUUCUUCAACCAGAUGCCGUUCAAGAACCUCAUCUCCUGGAAUUGUAUCCUUGGCUCGUAUUCUCAAAAGGGACACCUCGCAGAGGCCGAAGAGAUCUUUCAUUCCAUGCCACAAAGAAACCUUGCUACGUGGAACACCCUGCUAGCUGCGUAUUCCCUCCGAGGUCUCUUAGAGCAAGCCACGCUUGCGUUCGAAGAAAUCCCGGAAAGAGAUCUUUUCACUUGGAACAGCAUGUUUAGUACAUAUGCCCGUGUUGGGGAUUUUUCUCAGGCAAAAAGAGCGUAUGAGACAAUGCCGGAGAGGGACUUAAUCACCAUGAACGUUUACCUAAAAUUUUUGGUCAGCCGACACCUCUUAGAGGAGUCUAUAGAUUUGUUUUGUUUGAUGCCUGAGAGGGAUCUUGUGUCGUACACAACAUUGCUUACAGCAUAUGCCUCGAACAGGCAAUUUGAUAAAGCGGAAACAGUGUUUGGUAUCAUGCCGCAGCAGAGUAUUGUCUCCUGGACGGCUCUUCUUUCAAUGUUCGUUGAGGCUGGGAAUUUUCAUCAGUCGUUGAAAACGUUUGAAUCGAUGCCAAAACACGAUACAGUAUCAGCAAACGCAAUGCUUACUGCGUAUGCCGUGUCUGGGCGAGUUUUGGAGAUGAAAAACCUGUACGAUAGGAUGCUUGUGCGUAAUAUCGUCUCGUGUAACAUUAUGCUUGACUCGUAUACGCGAUAUAAAAGCUUAGGGGACGCUCUUUUUUUCCUAGAAACUGUUUCUCGCUUAGACUUAGUGUCAUGGAAUAUCAUUCUUGCAGCAUAUGCCUUAGCUGGGCAUAUUGAGCUUGCAACAUGCACAUUCGCUCAAAUGCCUGUAAAAGACUUAGUGUCGUGGAAAGCUCUUCUUGGUGGCUACAUGAGAAUUGGCGAUUACGCAAGUACCAUCAAAGUUUUUAAUGAGAUGCCUGAGCGAGAUGCUGGAUCAUGCACCUACAUCCUCGCAGCUCACAUCCAAGCCUGCCGCCAGCCGCUUGCAAAGAAAUUCUUCUUUUGUGACAUGGUCGAGCGAGAUCUCGUGACAUGGAACACCAUGCUCAAUUGCUACGCACAAAGAGGCCUCCCAAGAUCGACCGAGCUCUUCUUUCACACAAUGCCUGAGCGUGACACCAUCUCUUGGACGGUUGUGUUACACUCUUACGCAAGCGUCGGCCACCUCGAACGCGUACAGGAUAUCUUUUCUAAAUUGAAGGUGGCAGCCGACCUUGCGGAUGGGAUUUGCUUCGUCCUAGUGCUCGCUACGUGCGCGCGGCGGGGAAAACUCUACAAUGCCUGGUCGCAUUUUACCUCCAUGGUAGCCGACUAUGGUGUGGAGCACACCGAGCAGCACUAUUCUUGCAUGGUUGACGCACUUGGCCGGGCUGGUCAUUUGCGCGAGGCACAAGAACUCUUGAGUAGCAUGCCGUUCGUUCCCAGGAUCUUGGAGUGGUCGUGUGUUCUUGGAGCCUCCAAGCUCCACUGUGAUGGCGACCAUGGAAGCUGGGCAGCUACGGAGGUCCUUCGUUUGGACCCAGGAAACCAAGCAACAUAUACGAUCCUUGCUAGCAAUUCAUUCCCUUUUGGAUGA